UGUAAUGUACGUCAACUACGUUAGUCACGGACUCACGGUUAGGUUAAUGCACUUUUAACAAUAAUUACUAUCAUACCAAAUGUUCUCUUGCCACGUAACCCUAAACAUAUACCUCCGACGGUAUAUUGUAAAAAUAUCUAGUUACAAAAGAAUCAGCAAAGGAAGUCGAAUAGUUUGUUGAGCAAUGGCAGCUUCUGAAGAUUCCUUUAAAGAGAAGCUCACAAACUCUCUAACGCAGCAAUUAAGUGAAUAUGAACUAUUAAAAUCCAUGUAUCCAAACAACGAUGAUAUAAUUUUAACUGAUAUUAAUAUACUUGUUGACAUAUCUAAUUUUGUGGAGAAUGAAUCAGAAACAGAAUACACUCCAGGUCAUUUGGAUUUUAUCUUAAACCUUAAUGUAGAUGGUUCUAAAUUAGAAGUCAGUGUUAAUUUACCCAGCUUCUAUCCAAGUGAAGAACCAGACCUGUAUGUAAGGUGUAAUCAAUUGAAUCGCUACCAGGAGACAAGCCUGAAUGCGGAAUUGUCCAACUUUCUUAAAGAAAAUUUUGUUGGAGAAGUUUGCAUAUAUUCUGCAGUGUCAUGGUUACAAGAUAACUUACCAAAAUUUACUGAACAGCCCGCCAACAUAGCUAGUGCUUAUAUCAUUCCAGAAUCAAAAUGUACAGAUGAUGAUAAAUUUGUCAGAUUGUGGAUUUAUUCUCAUCAUAUAUACAACAAAAGGAAAAGAGAUGAAAUAGAAUCAAAAGCAGAAGAUUUAAACCUGACAGGGUUUUGCCUGCCCGGGAAGCCUGGUAUUAUUUGUGUUGAAGGUGCAGGCAGUGACUGUAAAGAAUGGUGGUCAAUUAUUAAAAGUAUGUCUUGGAAAAAAAUUGUUAUAAAAAUGACUGAAACUUUUGAAAUUGGUGAAAAAGAAAAAGAACAAAAAUUUCACAAGUUUCAAGAAAUCCAUUUUCCAAGUUCAUCAGUUCGCUCUAAGCAUGCAGAUAUGAGUGGACUUUCUAAGUAUAUGGAUGAGCAUGGACUGACAGAAAUAUUUAAAAAUAUGUUUGGGAUAAGUGAAAUUUGAUAAGUUGUGACAUCCUAGAAUAAUACAACCAAAUCACAUACCAUAUCAGACAUUGGAUUCUAGGGGGCAAAUUUUUUUGACACAUAGGGAGUUCCUAUAUCAAUUAAAUGAUUCAUAAUUUUUCCUAAUACUAGAGAUCACCCGCAGCUUCAUU